AACAAGAUUGUUCAACGCCUUUAUGAGGAAAAUGGCAAUGAGUGCUAGACAUCCAGUUUCCAGUCUGGCAUAUAAGGAGCUUGGAAUGUGGAAGACAUCACUUCAUCAUAAAAACAAGUAAAAAGCUGAACAAACUGAAGAGCUUACAACUCUUGGAUCCAUCAGAGAAGUGAGGUCCCAAGGCAAAUUGCUCCCUUCAAAUUGGAGAGAUAGAGCUUGUAGAUUUUCAGUGGAAGCUGGGUAUGGCUGUGAGCUCGGACAGUUGCAGAUCUCUUAAGUAUCCUUAUGUUGCAGUGUUGCUGAAAGUGGCAGAUCAUUCAGGCCAAGUAAAGAACAAGUCCUUUGAAAUGACAAUUCCACAAUUUCAGAAUUUCUACAGACAGUUCAAGGAAAUUGCUGCAGUUAUAGAAACUGUGUGAAAACUGAUUACUUGGCUGAUAAAUUACUACCAUCAUCCUAAAAUCAUGGACUUCACCUCCUGUAACAAAACUGUAUAAGGGUCAAAUGGUAUUUAUUGAAUGAAAAUUGUACUUUUGUUUUUCCAUUUUUUAAUAAUAAAAAAAUUAGACAAACAGGAA